AUGCCUUCGAGAUCAUGGUUCCGAAGGGCAUCCGAGCGUGAGGUGGUUAUGGGAUUGAUUAUAGCUAAUGUUGCCGUGUUUAUUUUAUGGAGGAUUGCAGAUGAUAGCUUCAUGGAGAAGAAUUUUACCAUUUCAUUAGACAAUUUUACAAGUGGACGUUUGCACACAUUGAUAACUUGUGCAUUCAGUCAUAUCGAUGCUGGGCAUAUCACUUCGAACAUGCUUGGACUAUAUGUUUAUGGGAUGCAUAUUGGAAGAAAUUUUGGGCCCGAAUUUUUUUUAAAGUUGUAUCUAGCUGGGGCUGUUGGUGGCUCGGUCUUCUUCUUGGUGCACAAAGCCUACCUGGCUGCGAACUGAUACCCAGGCGGACAACCAAUGAAGAAGGACCCAUCAAAGAUACCGGGACUGGGCGCAAGUGGGGCGGUUACUGCGAUCAUGUUGCUUGAUAUAUUCCUCUUCCCAAAAUCUACCAUCUACAUGGAGUUUAUCAUACCAGUUCCUGCCAUGCUGAUGGGGAUCUAUAUAAUUGCGAAAGAUCUCAUGAGGAUAAUACUGGGAGACCAACAUAUCUCAGGAUCUGCGCACUUGGGGGGUGCUGCAGUUGCAGCCAUAGCCUGGGCUCGAAUUCGGAGGGGACGUUUCUGAACUUUGUACCAGCUCUGCAGAUUUCAUACCAACAACAUUAGGAAACUAUGCUAAUUAACUAUCAGUCAGUGCCUUCCAGUUGGUUGUUCUCCUGGUUGAAAUUAGCUUAUCAUCCAUUGAUUUGAUACAGACUUCAUAACUGUCCUAAUCCCCAUCUUAAUGUGAAAUUCUGAUGAUUCAAAAUCAAACACAUUUAAGGAUCGUUCUUUUGUUGAGGGAACUCUCUGGUAUGUGAGUCAGAACUCAACAAGCUAUCUUUGUAGUAGUGACUCUGUGGUAUGUUGUAGAUGUUUGU